UGCAUUACAGUGAACUGCAGUUUACUAUACGGGUCCUGGGUUUCUUGUGAAUUUUUGGAAAAAUUUUUUUGUUUAGGAAAAAUAAAGUCAUUCUUUUGUGAUCAAAACAAAAGUGGGUGACACUCUUUAAACUAUUUUUCAAAUCUUGAAAUAGUUUUACUUUAACAGUUGAUAAUGACAAAAAAAUGAGUUGAAAUUUUUAGAAUGACAUUGAUCAAUCUCGAUUAAAGUGUCAAUGAUACGAAAAAUAUAGCAGAUGCGAAUUGGAAAAAUGCUCCAUCUAGAAGUUAUAAACUUUGCCUUCCAUAUUACAGUGAAAGUGGAAAAAUAUAUUUACUAUUAGAAUAUAUAAAAAAAAUGCUAAUUCGCAGUUAUACACAGUGCCAAAUUUAAUUGUCAAAUAGUAAUGAUGACGUUACUGUUACUAAUAGUAACAAACAGGAGCAAUAAAUGUGCAGGUGCCGAUAAAAUAAGCAACAUUGAUUAGGGGAUGCCUAGUCUACAUUCGCUCGUCGUACGACGAGCUCAUCCCAUGGAUAUGGGGACUGGCACUAGUUCUGUGACAACUGUUAAUCAUACGUCAAAUAAAAAUAUUAAUGUUCAAAAAAAAUCGGAUAAAAAUAAAAUAAUGGGUGUUAAAAUACCGCUAGUAAGAAAAGAAUCUAGCGCUGUGAAUUUAUCAUUAAUGGAAAAAACAUCCCGUAAAGCUGCUGAAACAUUAUUAUUGAGACCUGAAAGUAGUGCAAGUCUUGAGCCACGUGGUGGUAGUUGGAUAAGUUUAGGUCCUGGUGCAUUAAGAAAAUGUGAAACAGCAAUGGGAUUAAGUAGUUUGGCAUUAGAAGGCUUACGACCCAUUAAUCGUAGUCGUGUUUGUUCUCGUUGUUCUAGUUUACUUUCUCUAGCUUCAAGUUCGCGUUAUAGUUUAGCAGCGGGAAAUUUUGUCCCAACAUCUAUUACAGCCGCCGCAUCACAACAAACGGUGGGACGUCUUUUUUGUAAAUUAUGCCUGAAUGAAGUUUCUUUAAAUAAAACAUUUACCAUUGAAGAUUGUGGAUGCUCUUAUUGUAAAGAGUGCAUGAGUGCAUAUCUUGAAUUUGAAAUUGAAGAAGGAGCAUAUGAAAUAAGCUGUCCGGAUGCAAAAUGUGAACAUGAGGGAAUACUUUCCUUAAAGGAUAUAUCGACUAUUGUUUCUGUAGAACUAAUGGAGAAGCAUCAUAAAUUUCGUCUUAAUAGAGAUGUGUCAAUGGAUAAGGAACGAGCAUGGUGUCCACGAGCAGGUUGCGAGACAAUUUGCUCAUUAAACGGUGGUGGCGGAGGUGGAAGCUCAAAUGGAAACACGUCUCAUGGCCCUGUACAUUGUCCUAAUUGUUCAACAGACUUUUGUUCAAUUUGCCGUGAACCUUGGCACAGUGGACCAUGUUCAGAUGUUUCCCUAGGUAUACCAUUUGACAGUGAUCAUAUAAAAUGCUGUCCCAUGUGUUCAGUUCCAAUUGAAAAAGAUGAAGGUUGUGCCCAAAUGAUGUGCAAGAGAUGUAAACACGUUUUUUGUUGGUACUGCUUAGCAUCUUUAGAUGAUGACUACUUAUUGCGACAUUAUGAUAAAGGACCAUGUAAAAAUAAACUUGGACAUUCUCGAGCAUCAGUGAUAUGGCAUAGAACUCAAGUUAUUGGAAUAUUUGCUGGUUUUGGAUUACUUCUUCUUGUUGCUUCGCCAUUACUCUUACUUGCUUCACCCUGUAUAGUAUGUUGUAAAUGUCGUGUUUGUGGUUCAUCACGACUUGAUCAAGAAGAAAGUUCACAUGAAGACACAACUGCUGGUACAUAAAGAAGAAAAAAAGGAAAAAACAUUCAAGUCAAGUAAUUUAUAUUAUUAAAUAUAUGCUUUCUUUUGUAAAUCUAAGUCCACUCGGGAAAAUAAGAUUCCAUUAUUAUUAUUUUUUUCAUUACUUAUAAUUGUUUACGCAUUUAACAGAUAUUUUCCUUAAUAUAUAUAAUAAUAAUAAUAAUAAUAAUAAUAAUAAUUAUUAUUAUUAUUAUUAUUAUUAUUAUUAUUUGAUGAAAUGAAACACAAUUGUUUUUCUUUUCUAAUAAGUGGAUCAAACUUAUAGAAUUAUAUAUACAUAAAUAUUAAUUUGAGUCAAUUUCGUGGGAAAGAAAGACGUUUUUGCAAUUAUUUUUUCCGUGGCUGUCUUUAAUGUAUUGCUCAAAAAAGGUGUGAGGGCACAUUUUAGAUCAUGAAAAGCUAACCAAACCAGUUUCUACACGAGCCUACACUUUGAUCUGAGAGAAUUAAACUCUGAUUUUAUUUAUUUGAACAAAUAUUUAAUUUGUAACUAGUUAUUUUAUUUUAUCUAUUUUUACAAAUUUUUCCUCGAUUUUGACAUUUUUAUUUUAACAUAACGAACUAACAAAAAAAUAAAACGAUAAUUAUUUCGAUUUUAUUUCUCAACGAUUGAAGUGUAAUAUGCCUUACAAUGGUCUAAAAAAAAGGUAGUUUGAAUUUAAAAAAAAAUUAAACUGUGCAAUUACAUAUUUCUUAAGAUAAGAAACAAGGCAUUUUUUUUUGUUCUUAAAUUUUAUUUUAAUAUUCAGGGAUUGCAUAGGGCUGUUAUUAUAUAUAUCGAUGAACUGUUUUGCAAUUUGCAUUAGUUCUGUUACCAAAAAAAUAUAUAUAUAUAUAUAUAUAUAUAUAUAUAUAUAUAUAUAUAUAUAUAUAUAUAAAUUGUUUUUCUAACUACAAGUACUCAACAGCUCUGCACAAUCCUAUAAUAUAAGGAUUAAGAAAUGGAGGGAGAUAUGUUAUUAUUACCUUUCAGGAAUUCACAAGAUAUUGUGUGAUCUUUCCUAAUUAAUAUGUGUGUAUACGUAUAUCGAGAGUGUAGUUGUAAAACGUCGAUUUGUAAAAAUAUCAUAUGUCGAUUAUUUUCCUCUGAUGAUUUUUAAAUUUUUGUCACGUACCUAUUCAAAUAUGUAAUUAUAGAAAUAAGUUUCUAUGAUAUGUGACAAAGUAUUUUAUCAGUUUACAGAUUUGAAUGACUUUGUAAUGAUUAUAUAUAUAAUUUUUUUUUUUUUGAGCGCACGUAUCUCCUUCUAAAUAGUAUUUAAAAUAUACAUAUGAAAAUGGUAUAGAAUUAACUUUCCAAACGUGAAAUUUAAAUAAAAUGAAAUUAACAUAUUACAUACAUAGUUAGGAAUUGAUUAGUUUCCGGUGAUUACGACUUAAGUUACAGCAAUUCAAUU